CGGCCGCGAAACGCAUAAACACCGCAGCGCGCGCGCGCACACACACACACACGCAAUUAAUUUUAUACUUAAUAUUAUAUACAUUUAUAUACAUGCCAGUACAUACACACUCGAUGUUUUUAUGCGGUACAAAAAUACAAUUUAUUUAAGAUAGUGAAAAAUUACAAGUUGGCCGAUUUCUUUCUCCGUCGUCUUCGUGUGUGUGGUGUGCCGGGUGUAGUUUUUAUUAUUACACAUUAGUAGUUAUAUGUGCGUGAGCGAAACCACCACCGCCGCCUAGCAGCUGCUGCAUAUCGUUCGUGUCGGCCGCACAUUUGUGAGGUAUAAUUCUACCGGGCCCGUACACAUCCAUUAUAGGUUAAUUAAGUCAGUUGGUCAAGUUUAAUAUCAAAUGUCUGGAGAUAAAGAGGACUCGGUUCAAAGAGCCAAGCUGGCCGAACAGGCGGAACGCUACGACGACAUGGCCAGCUCAAUGAAAUCUGUUACUGAAACUGGCGUGGAGCUUUCAAAUGAAGAGCGAAACCUUCUAUCAGUGGCCUACAAGAAUGUUGUGGGUGCUCGCCGAUCAUCAUGGCGAGUGAUAUCUUCAAUUGAGCAGAAAACUGAAGGCUCUGAGAAAAAACAACAGAUGGCUAGAGAAUAUCGAGAGAAGGUCGAAAAGGAACUUCGAGACAUCUGCUACGAUGUGUUGAAUCUGUUGGACAAAUACCUUAUCCCUAAAGCGAGUAAUGCUGAGAGCAAAGUCUUCUACCUUAAAAUGAAGGGUGAUUAUUACAGGUACCUGGCGGAAGUAGCUACUGGUGAAACUAGAAAUGCUGUAGUCGAGGACUCACAAUUGGCAUACCAGGAUGCAUUUGAGAUCAGUAAAGCCAAAAUGCAACCGACGCAUCCAAUCCGAUUGGGUCUGGCGUUAAAUUUCUCAGUGUUUUUCUACGAGAUAUUAAAUUCACCAGACAAAGCUUGCCAGUUGGCGAAACAGGCUUUUGAUGACGCGAUAGCCGAGCUGGAUACGUUGAAUGAAGACAGUUACAAGGACUCGACGCUCAUCAUGCAAUUGUUGCGUGAUAAUUUGACGUUAUGGACGUCCGACACACAAGACAAUGAUGAGCCUCAAGAGGCCACUGGAGACAACUAACUCUUUUUACACUAAAAAAUAUAAAAAACAAAAAAAACUAUAAUAAUUUUCAAUAAAGCAAAACAAAACAUUUUACACACUUCCGCGAGAAUCUGCGCCCCUUCAUUUUCCACCCUCCCCUCCCCCACUACUGCGCUCUCACAACAUGCUCUUUGUUUUCCUUCCUUUUUUUUUUUUUUUUAUACCUGUUCUCUGCUAUAAACAAGAAAACUUGAAUAUGAGUGAAUAUAAAUAAACACAUUCUUUUUCUUUAUUAGUCUAUUAAUUAUUAUUGAAUGUUUUAACUAUUAUUAUAUAUAGAAAUAUUACAAUAAAAAAAAUGAAAUAUAUAUAUAUAUUUAUAUGUAUAUCAACUAUAUAUAUAUAUAUAUGAAAAAUUAUAAUUAAAAUUAUUUCAUUCAAUACAACUUCUUUUCCUUACGCGGCUCGAAUACUGGUAAUGAUUUUUAAAAAACCAGUUGCAAUAAUGCGAUUGUGUCCAUUUUUAAAUUUACUAAGUUCUUUAAAAAAAAAAUUAUAACUGUCAUUGCAGUACAUCAACAAACCAUCAAAGACAAUUUUGUUAACCGCCAUUGUGUUUUAAAUUAUUCACAAUUUAUCAUUUGAAAUACCAGCGAAAAAACAUAAUAAAACGAAAAAUUACUCUCGGUUUUAUAGCACUUGGUUAUUGCUGAUUUCAGUUUCAGCCACCCUUACACAUGCCUUUUUAUUCAUUAAAUCGUUAUUUUUCUUUUGCGUUUAUUAAAAUAAUAAUUUAUUUUUAAAUUUAUAUAUAUAUUUAUGUAUACAAAUUGUUAUUGUACUUACAAUGUCGUGAUCUUGAUUUUUAAUGAGUACACUGUUCAACAAGCAAUUUAUAUUAUUAUCAUUGUCUUUUUCUUGCUUCUUCUGUAUAUUCUCUCGGUCUCUUGUUACAUUGUUUUAUCAUUAUGGCGCGGCCUGACAUUCACUUAAAUUUGACUAGUUAUUAAAAAUAUAUUAUUAUAAAACAUUGAUUAAUAUAUAUAUAUGUGUGUGUGUUCCAUUUUGAAAUUUUUAUACAAGUGUAUGGUAUAAAUUUGAUUUAUUAAAAAAAAGUACAUUGAUACGA